AAAGGCAGAGGACGUAUACUGGCGCUACAUUCGGAUAACUUAUCUCCUUCCUUCUCUUUACUUCAUCACUUCAUCGACUUUUAACGUCUCUCAGACCCCGGAGACCAGCCGAGCAACAACGGGGACAAUGCGAAGCAUCACGCUCUCCGACAGCGUCCUCAAGUCACGAUCACUGCCUCCAUCUCCGCAACCUCCGAAGCUCGCGACCUGUUACCUCUUCUCCCUCAAUUCUCGCUUCAAGAAUCAAGCUUUCAGGCGCCCUCCUCGCGACCCAGUACCCAUUUUCUGCAGGUACAGGAGAGGUUGGACCGCCAGGAAUUGUGAAGAAUGGUCUGGUCACUUUCGGCUAAGAACGUCUGAGAACUGUGAUGACUUGACCACAGGGUCCGUUGGUGAUGAGAACGGUGGCGCAUUAGAAGAGUCAUUGCAUAACAUGGGCAAUUCUUGUGUUGCGCCUAUAUUUUCGGGAAUGAGUAACUCGAACAGACGAGAUCUUACAGCCAGAGAUUUUCUGUUGAGUAGUGCAUCAUUUGAAAAUUUGGGAAAGUUUAUGUUCCUCUUCGGCUUGCUCACGCUUCAAGGCUCCCAACCAGCUAUUGCCGGAGACAUUGCCAGUGGUUUGCAGUCACUCCCUUACUUUCAGGACCUUGGUGAUAUUAGCACAGGUUUUGCCUCAGCAUUCUUGCUUAUCUUUUUCUCAGAGCUGGGAGAUAAAACCUUCUUUAUUGCGGCUCUUUUAGCAGCUAGGAACUCUGCGGGCAUUGUUUUCACUGGGACAUUCGGUGCACUUGCGAUAAUGACUAUUAUAUCUGUUGUUCUUGGAAGAACCUUUCACUAUGUUGAUGAAAUCCUUCCGUUCAGGUUCGGUGAGAAUGAUUUGCCUGUUGAUGACAUUGCUGCAGUUUGUCUCUUGGUAUAUUUUGGUGUUUCCACUCUUAUUGACACCUCCUCUGGUGAUGGUCUUAGGGCAGACGAUGAGCAGAAAGAGGCCGAAUUAGCAGUUUCGAAAUUUUCUGGAAAUGGUGCUGGGAUAAUAGCAGCUGCUAGUACCAUUGUUAGUACUUUUGUUUUAGUCUUUGUCGCUGAAUGGGGCGACAAGUCGUUUUUCUCCACAAUAGCCCUUGCUGCAGCUUCUUCGCCUCUUGGAGUCAUUGGGGGAGCUUUGGCCGGACAUGGGGUUGCAACUUUGAUCGCUGUACUCGGAGGUUCAUUGCUGGGAACAUUCUUGUCUGAGAAGGCCAUCGCCUACAUCGGAGGUACUCUUUUCCUGGUCUUCGCCGCGGUGACAUUUUUCGAGAUCGUGAGUUAGAGAUUCUGGCAUGUUGCACCCAAGCAAAUUAGCAAACGGUUAUCAGUUCGAGGAAGUUGUCGGAGACACCCUUGCAUGGCUAUUGGUAGGGCAAAUUGCUUAGUGAAAGAGUGGACUACCAUUUCUUGGUUAGACAUCACUUCUUGUUGGGACAAGGAUUCUGAUCAUUCUUUUGCCAGAAUAGUUUCGCCGGGAUUUUCUGCCUCG